GUCCACGAGUCCAGUACUGGCGCCGAUCCUUCGGUGGAGGUCAAGCUGGAGCCACUUUGGCGCCUGAAGAUUGAGCUGCCUCCCACUCUUCUGUUCGAUCAUCCCACCAUCAAUGACAUGGUGGAUAAUGGCAUCGCCUUGCUGUCGAAGAGACCGAUGACCCCUGUGGGUGAUGGUGUUCCCGCUCCUACAGCACAAGGGCCAGUGACGCACCAUGUGAUUGUGUCCACCUCCUGCCAAUUUCCUGGCGGCGCCAGCAGUUUAAAGCGCUACUGGGACAUGUUGGGAGACAAGAAGGAUGCCGUUAUUGAAGUGCCGCUUUCACGCUGGGACCACGAGCUGUACUUUUCCAAGGAGCCACAAGAAGGCAAGACCUAUGCUCGCCACGCUGGUUUCGUUGAGGGCACCGACCUGUUUGAUGUGAACUACUUUGGCUUGGGCACUGCCGAGGCAAGGACCACCGACCCUCAACAGCGAAUGCUGCUGGGAGCAGCCUAUGAUGCCCUUCGUGGGGAUGGUUACGACAAGUCGCUUCUACAGAACAACCCCUUGGGCGUCUUCACGGCUCUGAGCAACAUGGAGUGGUUCCAGUUGGUGGUCCCCAAAGCUGGGGUGUACACAGGGCCUGGUGUCUCCAGUGCCAUUGCUGCAAACCGCAUCAGCUACGUCUUCGGCCUGAAGGGUCCCAGCAUGACGAUCGACACGGCUUGCUCAUCUUCACUCUCCGCCUUGCAUGCAGCGCUGCGCUCUCUGGAGGCGAGCUGGCAGAGCAUCAGUGCGAGGGGAGUCGCAAGAUAUGGCAGCUCAGGGAAGACUCAUGUGUGUGGCAGGGCCGACGAUCCCAUGGAGUACGUGGUGCCUUGCUUUCAGCCGCCGAGGCAUUUCUUCGUGCCAGGUGAUCUGGUGCUGCUUGCUGUGAAGUUGCAGGUUCUGCACGGGCCCAGCAGUUUUGUGCUGCGAUCCGUGGCUGGCAUGCUCUCCCCAGAUGGUCGUUGCAAGACUUUUGACGCUACUGCAGACGGCACCUUGGCUGUCUGUGGAGAACCGUCAGACCUGAUGUUCAUCUUGGGCACGAGAGUUGGAUUCCUCGCCGUGAGGUUACAUCCGGGGCGAAGGUGCUGGCGCCAUGCUGUUGAAGUCCUCGGCCGAUGCUGA